AAUUAAUUUAAUAUAAAUUAGAAGAGCUAAGAAUGCAGUAAAUGAUAUAAUAAUUUAAUAAUAUAUAAAUAGAUCAUAAUAGUAAAGCAAAUAAAUAAAUUAAAUAGAUGGGAUAGUGCCAACAAAAAAUGAAAUACGUUUAUAUUAAUUUUAACUUAGUCUUUGAUUACAACUCUUUAUUGUUCUGCGCCUUGCGUUCUUACCUUUUACCCAAAGGAUUUAAUAUCUAAAAUAGCACUAGAAAUCUUUACGAGCUUAAGCUUCCCUCUGAUGCCUACUAAGCAAUUCCCAAAGAUUCCAUUAAUGAUCAAUGCAGUGAAGCAGAUUUUCUCGCCUUACUCAAGGAAAACUUCAAGGCAAUCAAGCCUAUUGUAGGAGCAAUAGACACAAUAUAAUAUCUCAAUGACAACGGUUAUGAAGUAGUUAUAUAUACCAACCUCCCAAAAGAAUACUUCCAAAAUAUCACAGAAUCCCACCAAAAGUGGUUUGCCUAAAAUAAAUUCAACCAUUACGAUGAAUUGAAGCAAGUUUGGGAAGAAUCUAACUUCAUAGUAGAUGGAGAUAGAGAGUUAUUAUAGCAUUUUAGCGAACUUAACAAGCAUUUAGAAAUAAAGAAGACUCUUAUUUACAUCAAGAAUUAGCAAUUCCACAAUAAAGAUAAAAAGUUUGAAGUCGAAGGAUGCCACAACUACAUUAAAUGGGAAGAUAUUAAAUGGUAGGAGCUUAUUAAAGAACAUGCUUUAAAAGAAGAAAUUUCUUUCCCUGCACCUGAAUAUUUCUUAAAGUUAAAAGAGGCUCCAUCAAGCAAAGUAAUGCUAGGAUUCACUGAAAAUGUAAAGCUUCCAUAAAAGGUUGUUUGCGAAAGCAAGGUUAUACAUGGACAUGGUAAAGCUGCUAAAGAACUAGGUAUUCCUACUGCAAAUCUUGAAGUAACAAAAGAAAUAGAAUAAAAAAUAAAUCACUUAUUAACAGGAGUUUAUGCUGGUACUGCCUUACUAAAUGGCUCUUAAUACUAAGCACUCUUUUUCUUAGGAUCAAGCUAAUACUUUGAAGACUCAAAAAAACAACUUGAAUGUUAUGUGUAUCAUGAUUUCGAAAAAGAUUUCUAUGAAUCAAAUAUUAAAGUAGAAAUUACACAUUUCACAAGACCUGAAGCAGACUUCAAAGAAUUUGAUCAUCUAAUUAAAGUUAUUCAUUGUGAUCAUGCUCAAGGAAAAUUAAUAUAAGAAUGAUUUUAUUAUAAUAAUUCAAUUUAUGUGUGUGUUUCAUUUCUAUAUAAUAAUGUAGCACUACUUUAAUAAUCAGAUAGAUACCCCUAAAUUAAUUACUCCAA